CUCGGGAAGAAAUCAAUUUACCAACCUUAGAUCAUUCAUAUAUAAAUCAAGAUUUGACCUUCCCACGUCCUGCUAUCCACUUGGCAUCUGACCCUUAAUCAGCUACCUUCACACCCCGCUUCCUUUGUUUCCGAGUACCUCACAGCUCGUCAAGAUGACGGAUUUCGCGCCUCCACCUGGGCCGCCACCACCAAAGGCGCCAAAAGGGUGGAAAGUUUUAUGGAAUGACCAGUACAGCGAGUGGUUCUACGUAAACAUUUACACCAAGAAAUCGCAAUGGGACAAGCCAGAUGAGCCCGUGUAUCCUCCCGGUGAAGCGCCAGAUUCUCCUCCACCAUCGGCUAGGCAAUCAGCGAACGAUAUCAGCGAGGAUGAAAGGUUGGCGAGACAGUUGCAGGAUGAGGAGUAUGCGAGGGUAAGCGCGCAUUCAGCGUAUGGUGGAGACAGGGGUGCAGCGGAUGCAUACUAUACGCAGGGAGGCCCGCCACAGCUGGGGCAAUAUGGCUAUGAGCACCAACAGGCUAUAUAUCCGAAUUCCUCGCAGACGGCGCACAAAGGAAAGACAAAGAGUGGAUUUUUGGGAAAGCUGCUUGGGAAAGCUGCUUGGGAAAGCUGGAGCUUCUCACUCAACCCCGCAAUACGCGCCAUAUGGACAAACUACACCCGGGGUGUACUAUAGCGGGCAGCCUGGCUAUUACACGCAGCAGCAGAUGUACACACAACCAGUUAGGAAACCGGGGAGGAAUGGUAUUGGCCCCAGUGGCGCUGCGGCACUUGGAGUUGGUGGUGGCUUGCUUGGAGGUGUCCUUCUCGGUGAAGCGAUCGAAGGAGCUGCGGACGCUGGUGAUGGG